AUGCUUCAUCAUUUAAUAUAUAUUCUCAUUUUAUUUCUUGUUCAACAUACAACUGAACAAUAUUUGCUGGGAACUCAUUUCUAUGUUAAUCAGGAAAAUAUUCUGAUCGAUAAUACUUUAAAAACUGUUUCAACAUUAGCACGUCCCUAUGAUCUCGUUGCAUUUAUUGGCCAAUCCGAACGAUUGGCUCGUAUUGAUCAUUUGCAAACAUAUAUUGAUGCUGUUGAUGAUGCCGAUGAGUCAACUCCACAACAACAAUCAGAUAAACUUGACAGUGAUGCACAAGAGAACAAUGAAAAUAUUAAUAAAUGUUAUCAUUUUAUGAGUAAUGAUGAAUCAUUAAUAUUUAAAAUUCUCAAAACAAAUCUCUAUGAUACAUUUUAUAUACCAUUUGAAUUAAAAAAUAUUUCAAACAAUUAUUCAGUUAAUGAAAAGUCGAAAACAAAAAUUUUAACGUGUAAUCAUUUUUGUCAGGCUAGAACGAGUCUAGUAACAUUUGAUAAUUUGCCAAGUAUUUCGACUCGUUAUGAUGAACAACAAGCGAUUCGUAUUGACGAUGAAGAAAUCAAUAGUCAAACAACAGUAAAUUAUGAUAAACAAGCUAUAUGGUCUAUAAAUGAAUUAAACAAAAAUCGAACAUCAUGGCUGGCCUAUGUUUAUUUAAGCCGAUAUUUUCAUUCGAAUUUUUCAUACGAUAAUGCUAUUGAUUGUUUACGUUGUGCACUCAUUUAUGGAUCAAAUAAUGAUGAUAUUGUAUUAACUGAAUUAGCUAAUAUUGUCUUUCGUUAUGGCUAUAUACGUGAUGCAAUUAUAUUUAUUGAACGAGCAUUAGAUUUUCAUUUGAAAUCAAAAACAACAAAUGUUAGGUCAUUAUUUAUUCGUUCGAUAUUGCAUUAUUAUUUGGGAAAUCUCUGUACUAUUGAUAAUCGAUUUGUAUUAGCAAUACAAUUUUACAAUAGAACAAAAAUUCUAUUAGAAAGAAUUACAAAAAUUAACGAUGACCAACAAUUGCAGAUCCUUUCAUCAACGUCGCUCGCGUCAUUAUCGAUGCCAUCAUUACUAUCGAUAUCAAAAGAAAAACUCGAUGCACUAGGUUGCCAUUUAACAUUAGAAUCAUCAUUACAACGUAAACAUCAUUUAUUACAAACGAAAUUAGCUCAGUUAAAUCAAUUAAGAUCAAUAACUGAUGAACUCAUACAAUUGAAUAAUCUUAUUAAACGUGAUUUGUCAAAUGGUCAAUCAUUUAUUGAUUAUUUACGUCAGUUGAGAGAAGAGGAAAAACAAAUUAUCUGUGAUUGGAAAAAAACCCGGAAACGUAAAUUUAUUAGCGAUAACAUAUCGAAUUAUUUAUUUUCAUAUAGAAAAAAAUAUUCGACAAUAAUGAAACAAGAAGACUAUUGUCGUACUAAUGAUAAUUAUUCAUUUAUAAUAAAAACAAUAAAUAAUACUAUUACUGAUAAUUAUGAUUGUCGGCCACGUGACAAUUUCAUUAUUAUUGGCGAAGAGAUCGGUAUGAACGACGAAUCGUCGUCAUUGAACAGAAAGCAACAGCUUAUGUCAUUACGAAUUGCUACUAUCGAACGAACUCAGUCGAAAUAUUCAUUGGACGAUGAUUAUCCUCCUUCAGAUUCUAUGGGAAUAUCCGAUCAAAUAACAUUAGCGUCUACAGCAUCAUCGUCAACAUUAACAUCACGACUACCAACAGAAAUCAGUAUAGAACCAAAAAAAUAUUUUAUUGUUAAACAAGUCAAUGAACUUUACCCAUCGCUGAAACAAAAUAUUGCAAUUAAAAUAAACGAACAACAAUUACCCACCUAUAAAGAUUGUCAAAUUCAUUAUCAUGGUUUACCGUCCAUCGGUGACUAUCCCACUGUAUGGCUACCACUAGAAAAUAAAGGCUUAUUAAAUAUAAAACAAGCAUUUUAUGAAGGUCUUAAUCAUCAAUAUAGGCAUUAUCCACUGCCAUGGUCUCCGCCUCUAUGUACAUUACAUAAACCUAUCGAUGAACGUUUAUCAAUUAUUGACAAUCACUUUGUAUUAAAGCGUUCAUCACGUGCAAAAGCGCCCAUAAAUCGUUAUGAUACAAAUAUGUUAUUAAAUUUAUAUUUAUAUAUUGAUUCGAUAAUUGACGAGCAAAGACCAAUUGAAGAAUUUGGUCAACGUUUAAGAUCAGUUGGAGAAAAACAUGAGCAGUUAUUACCAGAAUGGGUUGUUCACUUAUUAUCAUCACUUUAUUGGCGGAUUAGUGGACAUUUACCACAUGCAAUUGAUUGUGGAUUACAAGCACAUCAAUUGAUAAUUAGAGAUAGAGUUUAUAAAAAAUGGAGUGAUUUAACACUUGUAAAUCUUGCUAAUAUUUUGUAUCUUUGGGGUAAAUAUGAAGAUGCACUCGAUUUAACUGAACAAGCGCACGCAAUAAAUUCACAUGAACCAAUUACAAAUUAUCUAUUAGGAAAUUUAUUAGCAUUAACAAAACAUAAUCACACAGCAGCACAAGAAUAUUAUCGACGAACAUUAACAGUUGAUCCAACAAAUAUAUAUGCUCGUCGACAAUUGCGUCUGAGCUAUUGUUAUACAAUGCAUACUGCAUGGGAAAUGUUGAGUUCUUCAAAUGAUAAAAAGAAUUCUAAUAAAAAGUCGAUACCGCCAAUUGAAAGUAUGAAUCAUAAUUUGAUGUUGCCUAAUCAAAAUUAUAAUCCAUAUGAAAAUGAUAUGUCUAUAUCUAACAGCGCUACUUAUAUGUCGUUUUCUCAUCAAAAUACUCAAUGUCAUCAAUCUCUUGUUGACAAUCGUUCAUCAAUUGAUCGUUGGUUAAAUCGUUCAUGUUCAAUAUCAUCUAUUAAACGCGUUGAACUGUUAGCUGCUGCUCGAAGUGCUUAUCGUUCGUAUGGUUUAUGUUCAUCAUCAUCAGUAGCAGCAGAAAUAAAUAACAAUCAUAUGAAUGACGAAUGUUCGCAAGGUUAUGCUGUGACCAAUAAUGGAAAUGAUAUUGGACAUAUUAUUAUUAUCUAUGAUCAUAUUAAGCAUACAUUUGAUUAUACAUUAAUAUUUACAAAUGAUUAUAGAACAAUAUUUUCAACAGAAAGUAAAUUAAAAUGUAUGAUUUAUGGUACAGGUAGAAAAUCAUCUAGAUGUCAUGAUUUUAAUUUAAUUGAUCCAAACGAAUUAAAUCCAAAACAUAAUAUGACGUGGUGGCGCGAUCCUUCAACAUUAUAUGAACAUUUAAAAGAACUGAUAGAAAUAAUUAAUUAUGAAAAUGAAUUGAAUAAUAAAACACAGUUCGAUCAUAAUAAUGAUAAUUUCUAUGAAAAAUACGUAUCGGAUAAUUAUAUUUUAACAAAAGAUAUUCAAGAAAAAUAUUUAUUAAAAAAUGAUAUUCAUUUCAAGGAAAUCGACUGUUUAAAUAAAUCAACAGUAACAUAUACACCGUAUUUAUCCACGUGGAUCUCACCACAAACAAAAAAUGUUUAUUUUAAUUAUACAUUUUUUAAACAGAUAAAUAAAGAAACUGUUGAAUUUAAUCAACCGAUUUGUUCAUAUCCCAUCAUUGAAUCAAUAAAUACAACAAAAACUAUUCAAAUUAUUGAUUAUAUUAUUAAAAAAGCAAAUGAGAAUUUAACAUUAUAUCGACCAGAAGGAAUAUUAAAACCUAUUUUAUUAAAUUUACUUUUCGAGAAAAAUCCAACGAUAAUGAAUAAAGGAGGCGAUGAUAAAGCGUUAAUUGGAUCUUUUCUUGCUGCUGGUCUCAACUUACCUGUUUACAAUUCGUCUUGGCUUUAUUUUCAUACAAUUUCACUCUAUUGGCGACUCAUGGGUAACGCAUCACAAACGUUGAAUUGUCUUUUUCAAUCUUAUAUAUUAUCACCAGUAAAUGUACAAGAUUUAGCGUACCUGUCAAUGGCAUUAAUGCUCUAUAACAGUCAAUUACAUAUCAAUGAAGCCAUUUAUUUACUAUAUGAAUCAUUAUCCAUAGAUCCCAAUGCUCUUCUUCUAACUCAUUUCACAUUAGGAAAUUCUAUGGCAAGAAAAGGCCAUUUCGAUUUUGCUGAACAAUGGUAUCAAUCAACAUUAAAAUUAAAACCAGACUUUGAACCAGCUAAAUCACGUUUACGUGCUAUUCAAUGUUGA